GGAUAUCAUGUUUAUUGUCGAUAUUAUUAUCAAUUUCAGAACAACUUAUGUCAAUGAAAAUGACGAAGUUGUAUCACAUCCCGGAAAGAUAGCAAUACAUUAUUUUAAAGGCUGGUUUAUAAUAGAUAUGAUUGCUGCUGUGCCCUUUGAUCUUCUGCUUGUAAAUACAAACAGUGAUGAGAAUGAAUUUUAG